UCCCAGCGCAAGUACGCAGGCCGGCGGAGUGCAGUCGCCGGCUCUGGGACCUUGGAGACCCGUGGCUCUCGCGACGAUGGGUGCUCGGCUGAGCGGUGGCCAGGGCGCCCCAGAGCCCGUGCAGGCCCAGCCCCAGCCCCAACCCGGGGCGCCCGAGGCCCCUGAGCGGCCCCAGCCUGAACCCAGUCCCUGGGGGCCACUGGACGAUGUGCGCUUCCUCAUCACCUGCACCUCCUGGUACUGACUCGACACCCUCCGCAGUUACUGCCAGCUGCCAACUGUCGUUGUGCUGUUAUGUUCCUCUCUUGUCGUCCUUUUCCAACCCCGGCGCCCAGGACAGGCUCGAAGAGUCGAGGAGAUAGAUCACGGAGGACUGGAAGGAGGUCUCGGCAGGGCCUCUUCGGCAGCCUCGCCAUGGGGCACCGGCUCGCCUCUAGUUCCUUCCGAAUUUGUUCGCUUCUUAGCCUGCACCCAAACCAGCUUAAACCUUCGUGCUCACCCCCACCCUACAGCUUCUCCAGCCGUCUGGGUUCUGGGGCAGCCCUCCCUGGCCCUGGCUUCCAGAACCAGGCCAGGACUCCUGGUAAGACCCCAAGACUGCUGACCUCACCUCCUCUCGUCUGUUCCUUAUUGCUAAGAACCGGGCUGUUGCUUUUGUCCCUGGUUAUGGCACCAUGUGCCUUGGCUUCGGAGAAGACCUUGCCACAGUGACCCUCCCUGUAC